UAAUUUACGUUUUCCAACUACCGAAGCAAAAUUCCGUUGUUUUUCUUUUCUUUUCCGAUUGCUUCUCCUUCACUUGCGUUCUAUUUCUCUGGAAUAUCCACCUCGAUUUUCCCGGAAAAAAAAAAGAGAAGAAAAUGCUGAACGCAGGAUAAUUGUCCUAUCUCAAUUUGGAUUUUGUACAUGUAUCAAAAGCAAAUACCAUUGUCAGCUGUUGGUUGACUAUGUUAGUUGCAUGUUGAAUUUGAAGAAUUGCUAUCGUACCAGAAAGGUGGUUUUCUUGUGUAUACUAUAUCUUACAUGGUACUGGUUGCCAUACAGAAACGACAGAAGGAGGGAAAGUUAUACGAAAUUGAAGGUCUUGUGGAGUGGAGACCCUUCACAUUGUCUGGAAUAUAGUAAAGCAUAGAAUUGAUCAAAUCAAGGGAAGACCACUUGUUACAACGAAUUCUAAGUUUCUGGUGUAUGGGUUUGUUGGAUAUUCUAUGCUCUUCUGUAUUUCUUUUUACACUUGUUGAGGCCACUAGCAGAUCAGGGAUCAUGUGGCCAGUAAAAAUAGGCAUGGAGUCUACUGGAACUAUUAGCUUGACAGUCUUCAGUUCAAGCAUAUUUGUGCUUGUAGCUCUUGUUCUCUCCACUUAUCUGAUUUUUGAGCAUUUAGCUGCCUAUAAUCAGCCCGAGGAGCAGAAGUUUUUGAUUGGUCUCAUCUUAAUGGUUCCAGUUUAUGCCUUGGAAUCGUUUUUGUCACUAUUGGAUUCCAGUGCAGCAUUUAACUGUGAAGUUAUUCGGGACUGCUAUGAGGCUUUUGCAUUAUAUUGCUUUGAAAGAUACUUGAUAGCUUGCUUAGGUGGUGAGGACAAAACAAUUCAAUUUAUGGAAAGUAUGAGCCUAACAGAAUCCAGCACUCCUCUCCUAAAAGAAUCGUAUGCGUAUGGAGUUGUAGAGCAUCCAUUUCCCAUAAAUUGCUUCUUAAGAGACUGGUAUCUUGGCCCUGACUUCUAUCAAUCCGUGAAAAUUGGCAUUGUACAAUAUAUGAUACUGAAAAUGAUCUGUGCAUUGCUGGCAAUGAUUCUCCAGUCUUUUGGGGUUUAUGGAGAGGGAAAAUUUGAAUGGAAAUAUGGGUAUCCCUAUUUGGCAUGCAUUCUUAAUUUUAGUCAGACAUGGGCCCUGUAUUGCCUUGUACGGUUUUAUUCUGUCACAAAAGAUAAGUUGGAGCCGAUCAAACCAUUGGCAAAAUUUCUGACUUUUAAGUCAAUCGUCUUCCUGACAUGGUGGCAAGGUGUGGCUGUUGCAUUUCUUUUUUCCAUGGGAGCAUUUAAAGGGUCAUUGGCUCAAGAGCUGAAAACACGUAUACAAGACUAUAUCAUCUGUAUAGAGAUGGGCGUUGCUGCUGUUGUGCACCUUUAUGUCUUUCCUGCAGUACCUUACAAAAGAGGAGAGAGGUGUGUCCGUAAUGUAGCUGUGAUGGCCGACUAUGCAUCACUAGGAUCACCUCCUGAUCCUGCCGAGGUUCAAGAUUCUGAACGCUCAACUAGAAUGCGGCUGGGUAGACAUGAUGACAGAGAGAGGCGUAUGAAGUUUACCCAUAAUGUUCGUGAUGUGGUUCUUGGAAGUGGUGAAAUUAUUGUCGAUGACAUGAAGUUUACAGUUUCACAUGUGGUAGAACCUGUUGAAAGGGGUAUUGCAAAGAUAAACAAAACCUUCCAUGAGAUAUCAGAAAAUGUGAAACGCCGUGACGAGGAGUGGAGGAGAAGCACCAAGGUCAAGGAUGACAGUUACCUUGUUCCCCUGCGUUCGUGGAGAGCAGAAUUUUCUGAUGUUCAUGACAGACUUGGGGAAGGAAGUGUCAGUGAUAGUGGUUUGCCUAGCAGUAAGAGACAGCAUCUCCAAUCCAAAGCGUCAGCAUCCAGGAUGAGAAGAUAGUAGUUUAUCAAACAGUUGAACAAAGUAUAGCUUUUGCACAUACAAUAGAAAAAUUCUAAUAGAUUUUGACGUCAAAUUGUAACCCAAAAGUACAUAAUCUGGUUAGCAUUUAAAAAAAGACUUAAUUAUUAUUUUAGUCUCUAA